AUGGGUGAUCCAUUCCCAUUAACAACCGACGAUAUCGUCAAUGGAGAUGGCCAACAGCGAAUGAUCUCAGAUGUUGCGCCCUCCCCAAUCGCGAUAUGUGGUAUGGCAUUACGCUUGCCUGGAGGCCUCCAUUCUUCCCAAGAUUUGUGGGAUUUUCUCCUCGCCAAAGGUGACAGCAGAGGUCCCAUUCCCGAGACAAGAUAUCGAAGCUCCGCCUUCGUUUCUAGAUCGAAGAAAGCCGGCACGGUUGAAGCGGACUCCGGCUAUUUCCUAGAUGGCAUCGAUCUAGGAUCCCUUGAUGCCAGUUUCUUUAGCAUGACGCAGACAGAACUCGAGAGAACCGACCCACAGCAACGGCAGCUGUUAGAAGUGGCCAGAGAAUGCUUGGAAAAUGCUGGGGAGACCAAUUGGAGGGGAAGUAAAAUAGGCUGUUAUAUUGGAAGUUUCGGUGAAGACUGGUGUGAAAUGAUGGCGAAAGAUCCGCAGCAGUACGGCUUGUACCGGAUAUCUGGUACCGGAGAUUUUGUGCUGUCGAAUCGAAUUUCCUACGAAUGGGAUCUGACUGGCCCAAGCAUGACGAUCCGAACCGGCUGUUCCUCAGCGAUCAUAGCACUGCAUGAUGCUUGCGAUGCAAUACACAGAGGAGACUGCACGUCAGCAAUUGUAGGGGGCUCCAACUUGAUUAUGACCCCGGCAAUGACAUCUGCCAUGAUGGAGCAAGGUGUGCUAUCACCAGAUGGCUCGUGCAAGACGUUCGACGCCGCUGCAAACGGCUAUGCACGGGGUGAGGCGAUUAACGCGAUCUUCAUCAAGCCUCUAUCGGAUGCACUGCGGGAUAAGAAUCCCAUCCGUGCAAUCAUCAGGUCAACUUCGACAAAUUGUGAUGGGAAAACUCCGGGACUGGCAACUCCAAGUUCGAUCGCCCAUGAAGAUUUGAUCCGAAGGGCAUAUCAAGUGGCCGGGAUUAAAAAUCUUUCAGAAACCGGUUUUGUAGAGUGUCAUGGAACCGGGACGGCUGCCGGAGAUCCGCUAGAGACACGGGCCGUGGGUAAUGUUUUUGGAGAUAAGGGUGUAUAUAUCGGAUCAAUCAAACCGAAUGUCGGCCAUUCUGAAGGUGCAUCGGGUAUCUCGUCGCUCAUUAAAGUGGUGCUUGCGCUCGAGAACAGAACUAUCCCUCCCAACAUCAAGUUUUCCAAACCAAAUCCAAAGAUACCUUUUGCAGAGUGCAAUUUGAAAGUCCCAAUGGAGCCGAUUCCGUGGCCACAGGACAAGAGCGAACGUGCGAGCAUAAACUCGUUCGGGGUCGGAGGCGCCAAUGCACAUGUUAUCCUAGAGUCUGCUGCAAUGUACGGGAUCGUAGCACCGACACUCAAAGAAGACGGUCCUUGUCUACUGGUAUAUUCGGCCAACACUCAAUUAUCAUUGAAAAAACAGGUAGAAAAUCAUCGCGAAUAUCUGGAACGAUACCCAAACAGAAUAUACGAUCUCGCUUACACGUUGGGAAGAAGGAGAGAACAUCUACCACAUCGGUCAUUCUCAGUCAUUCCUGGGGAUGGUGAGCCAAUACACUCACCUUUGACAAAGGCCAAUGGCAAUGCAGCCCUGACCAUGGUGUUUACCGGCCAGGGAGCACAAUGGCCAGAAAUGGGACUUCCUUUGAUGAGGAGCAAUAUAGUUUUCAGGCAGUCCAUCCAAGCGAUGGACAAAGUUCUCCAGAAACUCCCAGAUGGGCCCGCCUGGACAAUCGAGGCCGAACUGGCGCUACCAGCCGACCGCAGUAACAUACAUAAGUCAGAAUAUUCGCAGCCGCUUUCAACAGCGCUUCAAAUCGCCCUUGUGGAAACCUUCGCAUCCGUGGGUAUAGAGCCCACGACUGUAAUCGGACACUCCAGCGGAGAGAUCGCAGCAGCGUUUGCCGCUGGGGCUCUGACUGCAUCAGAGGCAAUUCAGCUUGCGUACUAUCGUGGUCUUGCAACUGUUAAAUACGCACCUGAAGGGGCAAUGGCUGCAAUUGGUCUCGGUUGGGACGAGGUAACAGAAUACCUUCUGCCUGACACUGUUGUGGCCUGCGAAAACUCGCCUGCUUCCGUCACCAUAGCUGGUGAGAGGGCUUCCGUCCAAAGAGUCAUCGAAGCUAUCAAAAAAUCACAUCCCAGUUGCCUGGCAAGGAUGCUCAAGGUUGGGGUUCCUUAUCAUUCACCCCAUAUGAAUCAUGCCGGAGAAGAAUAUCACAAGAUGAUACUGAAGAAAAUCAAAAGCAGAAGUCUGCGCAAACGCUUCAUCUCAAGCGUAACGGGAGCUGCUGAAGGGCAUGCCACUCUCGAUGCCUCCUACUGGGUGCGGAACAUGCUGUCUCCAGUUCGAUUUCGAGGAGCUCUUGAGCAUUUACUACAGCUAGAAAAGCGAGCAAACCACUUUCUCGAGAUUGGCCCGCACGAGACACUCAUGGGCCCACUAAGGCAAAUCCUUAGCAAUUGCUCAAAGCAAUUCUCGUAUACACCAGCGAUGGUUCGACAGAAAAAUAGUGUCCAUACGUUCCUCAGUGCCAUUGGCAAUAUCCACAUCCAUGGAAUUCCAGUCGACUUCAGCAGCCUAACUCCAACCGGCUCCGUUUUGGUUGAUCUCCCCUCAUAUCCUUGGGACCAUCAAAAUUCAUACUGGUAUGAAUCGCGUCUCAGCAGAGAAUGGCGUCUGCGCAAACAUCCCCAUCAUGACCUUCUGGGGGUGCGUCUCCCGGAGAGCACUGACCUCGACCCGAGCUGGAGGAAUGUUUUCCACAUCCGCAAUGCACCAUGGAUCCGUGACCACAAGGUUCGCCAUGAUAUUGUAUUUCCCCUGGCCGGGUAUGUCGCAUUGGUUGGGGAGGCGGUCAGGCAACUUGAAGAACUCGGAGAAGGCUACGGGUUAGAGAACGUCAUUGUCAGCACGGCAAUGGUACUAAAUGAAGAACAGCCAACCGAAAUCAUCACAUCUUUCCGGCGUCAUCGCCUGUCGGAUUAUCACGACUCCCCAUGGUGGGACUUUACAAUCUCAUCUCACAAUGGACGAUCAUGGACGAAGAACUGCACUGGUAAAGUUCGGUCUCACCAAACUGCUCCCGCCGCAUUAAACCAAACUCAGGAAACCCCCCGCCUCGUUGACACGACAAGGUGGUAUGAACAGAUGCGACAUGUUGGGCUCAACUAUGGCCCGGCUUUUACGGGCUUGGAGAAUAUCCAAUCAUCCACCACUGCUCAUUUUGCCUCAGCCAAUGUGUCAUAUUCCUCAGUUCCCGAUGAAGAAAUCCCGUAUCCCUUGCAUCCUACUGUCAUCGACUUCUCGCUCCAGCUCUUUGGUGUAGCAAUGACACGCGGGGUUUAUAGAAAAUUUUCUCAAAUGGCCCUCCCCACAAGAAUCGACACGAUCGAUAUCUACAAUUGCACGGCAGACAUGCACCUUACAUCCUCAGCCACCACAGCUGAUUCAGGUGCAUUCAGUGGCCAUGGGGAUAUUUCAUCCGAUGGCAAAGCUGUCCUUCGAAUUCGUGGGCUGAAGUUUUCCACAGUGGAAGAGGAACUUUUUGAAAAUCUCGAUAAGCAUGCAGCCUCCCGACUUAUCUGGGCGCCAGACAUAGACUUCCUCGACCCCAAACUGCUAUUCCAGCCUCCUAAAAUACGCAACCGUGACAUUUCUUUCAGCCUUCUCAGCGAACUGACUACUUUAUGUGUAAUGGAGAAUGAGAGAAGGGUUGAUGGUCUUACCUCACAGCAAGAACACUUUAACAAGUAUCACUUAUGGAUGAAAGAGUACGUGAACAAAGCCGAACAGUAUUUAGGAUCUGUAUCAGAUGUACAGUCUUUGGACGUGGAGUGCCGAAUUCUCAAAAUUCAGGAGCUCAAAUCUCAACUCCUAGAAACGGAAUUCUGCGAUGUUGCAAGAGCAAUGACGGAUAUACUCGAUAACUGUGAGGAAAUCUUCCAGAGUACCGUUGAGCCGUUGGAAAUCUUGAUGAAGGAUGAUAUCCUGACCAAGAUAUACAGAACCAUUGAUUCCUGGGAUCGUUCUGCUUUCCUUGCUCUCCUUGGUCACAGCAAACCUAAUAUGAAGAUCCUGGAGGUUGGUGCUGGGACAGGUGCCACCACACAAACGAUUCUUUCUGGCCUAAGAACAAAAGAAGGCAACCUGGCGUACUCUAAAUAUACGUACACCGACAUAUCUGCUGGGUUUUUCUCCGCCGCGAAGGAACGCUUCAAGGAGUAUCCAAACCUUCAUUUUUCGGUCCUUGAUAUCAGCAAAGAUCCUAUUUCUCAAGACUUUGCACCGAAUUCCUUCGACCUAGUCGUUGCGACCAAUGUCCUCCAUGCUACCCCCAGCCUCUACGACGCACUGAAGCAUAUUAACCGUCUCCUGAAGCCUGAUGGGCGACUCUUGCUCCAAGAGUUGUGGUCCUUGAACAAAUUUGCCAACUAUAUUUGGGGAACCCUACCGGGCUGGUGGAUGGGCGGGCAAGAUGGACGUCCUUCUGAGCCUUAUGUGUCCCCAGAAGAGUGGCGGAAGCAGAUGAUACUUGCAGGAUUCAACGGAUUGGACUCGGUUACUCUAGAUGCAGAGGAGCCAUAUCAAUUGAAUGUGGCCAUGGUUGCUAGGCCACUGCGGACAUCCACCGAUAAACCUGUGACAUUGCUGUACAAUGAAGAGUCACCACUUCUACGAGUUCUGGAAAAUGAUUUGACGCAACGAGGCAUAGAGGUGUCAACUCGAACUCUUGAAGACAAAAUAGUGCUGGGAGAAGACAUCAUCUCCUUGAUAGAUACUGAAAGACCUUUUUUCCACGGCAUUACCGCCGAAUCUUUUGAAAAAUUCCAAAGCCUUAUGACAACGAUUGGGGACGCCCAUUUCCUUUGGAUCACACGUUCUAGCCAGAUGAAAUGCAAGGACCCGAGAUUUGCGCAGUCAAUCGGAGUGGCCCGAACUCUGAGAUCCGAGUUACUGCUAGAUAUCGCAACCUGCGAAAUUGACGAUACUAGCCCUCACUAUUCGGAGCGCAUCAUCGACGUUUUCGACAAAUUCCGCUCUUCGGAAGGCGAUCGUGACCUUCUCCAGGAUUACGAAUUCGCCAUUUCAGAUGGCAAGGUCCACCUCGGACGCUUCCAUCCAUUUUCAGUUAACCACGAACUCCAGGAAACUAGCCCUGGCACCCACAAGAUCAUGAAAGUUAAACCAGGGCGAUUGAAUACUCUGGUUUGGGCUAAUGCCACUUUCGACCAACAACUUGGUGAGGAUGAGGUGGAGAUCGAAGUUCGUGCAUCGGGGCUAAAUUUCACACACGUAAUACUUGCCCUUGGUAUCAUUGAACCGUAUGCCAAAGGUCGGGGAGGCGAAAUUACUGGCGUGGUGAAACACGUUGGUAGAAAUGUUAAAACCUUCUGUAUUGGCGACCGCGUUGCAGCAUUUCCUGGGGAGUGUUUUGCCACAACUGUCAGAGUUCGCCCUGAGUACUGUGUCAAACUCCCUGAUGGCCUGAGCUUUGAGGAUGCGGCGACGAUGCCCUGCGUCUAUGGGACUGUGAUUUACUCUUUGAUUCAUGUAGCACGCUUGGAGAAGGGCCAGUCUAUUCUUAUCCAUUCUGCCUGUGGUGGAGUCGGCAUUGCGGCGAUCCAGCUCAGCCAAAUGAUAGGUGCAGAAGUCUAUGCUACCGUUGGAAGUCAAGAAAAGGUUGAACAUCUGGUAGCAGCUUUUGGGAUCCCAAGGGCUCACAUCUUCUCCUCCCACGAUUCAUCGUUCCGUAACAGCCUGCUCCAAGAAACUAACGGCAGAGGGGUCGAUGUUGUCCUCAAUUCGCUUUCUGGAGAACUCCUCCAUGCAUCGUGGGAGUGCGUGGCGGAAUUUGGCAAGCUGAUUGAGAUCGGAAAGCGCGACCUUCAUGGGCGCGCAAAACUAGCGAUGAAUAUCUUUGAAGCUAAUCGAUCGUAUUGUUGCGUUGAUCUCAGUAUGGUCGUGAAUAGAAAGCCCACUGUUGCGAAGAGUCUUCUUGAGGAAAUGAUAAGCUUAUACGAAGCUGGCAAUAUCCAGCCCAUUCGACCUAUCCACGUGUUCCCAGCCAAACAUAUGGCGGAUGGCAUCCGAUGCAUGCAAAAAGGUCAACAUAUUGGGAAGAUCGUCAUUGCCGUGUCAGAUGAUCUGGACAACGAGGGCCACGAAGAUAAAGGCACCAUGACCUCACGUAUGCCACUUGCUCUAGAUCCUGAGUCAUCAUAUCUCCUAGUCGGAGGCUUGGGAGGGCUUGGUAAAGCAAUUGCUUCGUGGAUGAUAGAGCAUGGCGCUCGUAGUCUUGUGUUCCUUUCUCGUAAUGCAGGUAAACGAGAAGCAGACCAGCACACCCGCCGUGAGUUCGAGAGCGAAGGGUGUGUGGUUCAUUUUGUCGCAGGUGAUGUUUCAGAUAUGGACGUCGUGAAGAAUGCCACCAAUGUAGCCCCGAAAGCCAUACGUGGAGUAAUUCACCUCUCCAUGGUACUUCAGGACGAGGCUUUCCGGGAAAUGACGUACGGUGCCUGGAAUGCUGCGGUAGCGCCGAAAGUUACCGGCACUUGGAAUCUCCAUGAGGCCUUGGAUCAAGCUGAACUUGAUUUUUUCAUUCUUUUCAGUUCUAUCUCCGGAAUCGUGGGAUUCCCCGGGCAAGCUAACUACGCUAGUGCGAACUCCUUCCUCGACGCCUUCGUCCAGUUCCGUCACAGCCUUUCGAAGCCCGCGUCGGUGCUGGACAUUGGUGUCAUCGAAGAUGUCGGAUACAUCGCGAGAACCCCAGGCCAGCUGUCUAAGUGGCGAGCCGGAACCGGUUACGGGAUUCGAGAACAAGAACUUCUGGACGGAGUUCAACUGGCAAUAUUGCAAUCACGGCCGGCUUCAGACCAUUCUCCGGUGACUCCAGCCGAUUCUUCCUUUGAACAAAAGUCACAGAUUGUGCUGGCGAUGCGCUUGGCAAACCACCUCACAGGCUCGAACAACCGCGCGCUCUGGAGGAAGGACCGCCGUAUGGCCAUAUACCACAAUGUUUCUCGAAAAGAGAACGACGUGGCCACCAGCAGCAAAUCUGCCGAGGAUGACAAGAUACGCCAAUUUCUUCAAGCCGCCAGAGCAAACCCGGAAAUCCUCAAGGAAGCUAGCAGCAGUGAAUUUCUCGCAGAGAAGAUCGCCAGAAAGCUCUUUGAUUUCCUUCUUAAAUCGGAGGAUACGGAGAUUAAUUUAUCCUGUUCUCUUGAAGCAGCUGGAGUGGAUUCCUUAGUCGCGAUCGAAUUGCGGAACUGGUGGAAGCAUACCUUCGGGUUCGAUGUAACAAUCCUAGAGUUGCUUGGUGCAAACACAAUACUGGGUUUGGGGGAGCAAUGUGCAAAUGGGCUAUGGACUAAAAUGAUGGAGGAUGAAGAGAGAGCACGGAAGUAUCUAGACAUGAAAGUCGUAUAA